AUGGCACACCUCCAAUUUGCCUUGGACAGAGUCUUGAUAGGUGCCAUCGGAAGAUUAGGUUAUCUAGAGGCUUGUGAAUGGUUUUUCAGGCAUAAGAAAUACGCACUGAGGCGGUUUUGGAACAUCUCACCUAAAUCACUCUUGGAACACUCUUCGACAGAGCACCUGGCUCCGAAUUCAGGCGACGAGAAUUCCUCCGCAAAUCUUUCGCACGUUCGGAGCGUCCAUAGUCUCGAAGUGCAAUCUUCUCUGAUAUACGAUAGAAAACUUGAAGGCUCGAAAGCGCAAAUUCGAUUACUCCAUAUUAGGGCCGCCGCUCGUGAAGAUGAAAAUAUCAUAUGUACACUACGUCACGCCGAUAUCCAGGAUGGCGAUGACUACACUGCACUGUCUUAUCGCUGGGGUUCUACUUUGGAUCCUCAGAAUAUAAUUCUGAAUGAUCGUAUGGUGCAGGUCACUCAAAACCUGUACAAUGCCUUGAAAGAGCUGCGGAAUCGCAACAUCAGAUUGGUAUGGGUAGAUGCCUUGUGCAUCAAUCAGACUGACGUUAUAGAGCAAGCACAGCAGAUAGGAAAAAUGACACUAAUCUACAGUCGUGCUCAAUCCGUUUUUGCCUGGCUUGGAGACGAUGAUCCCCAUUUUUUUGAACUUAAACAAACUCUUGAUCGAUUAGGCGAGUUUAAAAGCAACGAAGGCUUUGACAGUAAAGUUUUAACGCAUUCCGGGAUACUAGCGGACCUUUACCGUAUGUGGAUUGGCAAACCCACUGGGGACACCGCUCUCUCGAAUGCAACCCUUCUAGAGACAGAGCUCCCUAUUAUCAAUGCAGUCUUGAAACGAUUGCACCCCAGUCUUGCUGAGUUCGAUCGAUUGUUGCAUGCGAAACAACUGAGGUUCCUUGAGCUGCUAUGCCUGGUUGUGAGUAACGAGUACUGGCGACGAGCAUGGAUCUUGCAGGAAUUGACAGUUGCUGGGAAAAUCCAACUCAGUUGUGGCAAAAAUGAUAUCGACUUCGAUCAGCUGUGUGAAAUCAUACAAGAACUCGAGGCUUUAGCUUCAGACAGAAUUUUUCCAGGCUUUACUCCCAACCAUAGACAUAUUUUCAACAUAUUUUCGCUUAGGAGGAAAUGGCAACCCCGGGAACCAAUCCAUAUGUUUACGGCUUUACAAAAGAGUUAUGAUACUCUUGCAACAGAGGAACGUGACAAAGUAUAUUCGCUUCUCGGGGUUUGUUACGACAGCAGCAGGUUUCUCAAUGAUAUUGAUGAGAAGCUACCAAUUGACACCAUUUUGAAGCGCAUGACAGAAACUUCGAUCAAAUCUACCAAGACUCUUGAUGUCAUUUGCGUACAGAGCUCCUUUCCAAGACCUAGAUCUUCACUGCCAUCUUGGGCUCCAGACUGGCUCUUCCUUGGUGGUGAUCCCUUCUUGGAUCAGCCGAUCAAAUAUUUGACAGGGCACGACGAACAUCCAAAAUAUGGGCUUGGCGACAAUUACUGGCAUGCAACAGCUCAUAGCCGUCUUGAUAGAUGUAGUCUCUUCGACGGCGGGAAAGUUCUCAAAGUGCGUGGCGAAUGCAUUGGUUUCAUCAAGAGCCUUAGCGGCGUUGACGGAGGUGACUUAACAACGUAUCCACUUUCCAAUGAUGCCUCCAAAAACCCAAUAGUUGGUUGGGCGCACAACAAUUUGACUGAUUUGGAGCCUUCUGUGAGAUACUUGGCAGCCGAUAUUUUCGACGCACUCACGAUAUACAAGCGCGAGAAUGCGGUUGAUGAUGAAGGAUGCAUUUUUGGUGACCUCUGGAAGCAGAGAACUAAUGAACGAUUAAGAAAGAAAGCACGAUCAAGCUAUGAAUGGCUUCGGUCUCACCAAAACUUUCGCAUACAUGGCUAUCCUUUGCAAUUGUGGGGCCGUGGGACUCGAUCAAGAACUGACAUCAAGAAGCGUGCUUUGUCCCAAUUGCACCGCAUUGGUCAUCAUAAUUUUACAGCGUCCGAUCCAUCUUCUGGCUCAAUUGAAUCCCAUUUCAAUGAACGCGUUGACAAACUCGCGGAUGCGGUUGUCCGGGUCUUGAAAGAUGGCUUGAGAUUGAUGGGUGGUGAUCCUCUUUUCGAUAAGUCAAGACCUCUCACGGGAUGGGCGCAUCCAAGGGCGCAACUGGACGAUCAUAUCUAUCUUUUGCAAGGAUGUUCUAUGCCCAUCAUCCUCAGACCUUAUAACACUGACUCUCAACAUCAGCCCAGCUACAGCAUCAUUGGUGAGGCUCAUGUUGUCGGUGCUAUGUACGGAAAACUCUGGACUGGCACUGAUAAAAGCUUGCAAGAUAUCUACUUGCAUUAA